AUGAUUGAACUUCGGGAGUUGGAUACUGCACGUGCUAUUCUAAGGCAAACCCAGGUCAUGGGUGUCAUGAAACAAGAGCAGCCAGAAAGAUACUUAAGGCUUGAGCAUCUACUGGUUCGAACUUAUUUUGACCCUCAUAAGGCUUAUCAAGAGUCAACGAAGGAGAAAAGGCGUGCCCAAGCUCUUUCUGCGGAAAUAUCUGUGGUUCCACCUUCAAGAUUAAUAUCGGCAACAAAAGUUUCAAGGCUGUCAACGGUAUCAAGGAUGAGGGAGAACUAUCCACUAGAGAACCAGCUUCAAGAAUCUGAAAUGCACUUGCGAUUGAGCUCGAGCUUUGCACCAGAUGAUACUCCUCCACUACGUGCAUUGGAUUUGGCGUUCAUCAAUGAGGAAGGAUAUCUUGCCAGCAUCAGGACUUUGAUUCCUGCUGAUGACCUAAUCAUUGAGUUCCUACUACAAUUGGUCCCAGAAGACAGGAUUAAUAAAAAUAGUGGUUUGCCAGAAGCAACCAUCUCAGAGCACCUGAAAAUCACAAAUUAUCAAACACUUGCGGAUCAAGAACCUGAAAUUUGUGUAGUUUGCCAGUGCGAGUACGAGAAUGGGGAGAUAAUUGGAACUCUAGAAUGCAGGCAUGAGUACCAUGCCGACUGCAUCAAAAGGUGGUUAAUGAAGAAGAAUGUUUGCCCUUUUUGCACACGUGAAGGAAUUCAACAGAAAAGCUAA